AUGACACGACAAUGUGGGCCUGGAUGGUUUCAAGAACUUUCUCAACGUCAAAUCAAUGCAUCCAACACACUUUUAAGUGCUUUGAAUAGCGACACGAAAGAAGAGAUGUUAAAGUGUUGUCGAGAUAGUUUACAAAUCAUUGGCUUGAAUCCACUUCCAUCAAAGCUCCAACUUCUUAAAGGAAUUAAUUACAGUCGAGGCAACGAUUUGGCAUUCCUAAGAAAUCUUUAUGAUUCAGUCUAUAAUAUUUGCACUGACGGAAAGUCGAAAGUUUUUCCAUACAAUCAACGAUUGCUUUUAUCAUGCAUUUGUCAUUUGGAUAUGAUGACAACACUUCGAGAGUUAGAUCGAAUCUUACCAAAAUCAUGUAAUAAGAAAGUUAAAACUGAAAAAAUUAAAAAAUGUUGCAGACGUAGAUUUGACACACCAUAUGACGAACCCGUUCCUAAGCCGAAAUUACAACCACAACGCAUCAUUUUCAAACAACCUCGUCGAUUUGAAGCAAAAUUUGAAAUAUAUAAAAAGUAUAAAGAUCCAUCUUAUGUCAUUCCAAAUGAAGCAAAUCGCUGGUUUGCUAAUGAAAGUUGUUCAUCGAUUGAAUCAAAACAUAUUGCAAAAAGUGUUGUAUGUGAAGCUAUUGAGAAAGUCUUCAAAGAAAACGUUGACAAAGAAAGUCAAGCGAAAAAUUUGUGUGCGGAACAUAAGAAUAAAAUUUCGUCAUUUCAUCAAUUACUCACUAAAUUAUUAAGUCGAAGUGAUAGUGAAAGACUUGAAGACAUUCUAGACGAUUACGAAGAUGAUUUUGAACGUGGAAUAAUUUAUGGUGUGAGACUUGAGUUAUUGAAAGCGGAAAAUGAGUUACGAGAAGUUGAAGAUGAACGUGAGAGUCGAAUUAUGUUCGAAGCUAUGGUAAGAAAGAUUGUUGAGAAUGCUGCUGAUCUACAAUUCCUUCAUUUAUGUCAAAAUUGUGAAAAAUGUGCGAUUGAAACUUGCGAAGUAAGAGAGAUUAAUGGAAGUUGCCUAACAAAUGAAACUUCAAACGAAUCAAUUAAAAAUGAAAUCAAAUUUUUUCAUCGUCCAACAGUAGUGAAACCGUUUGAGUUUGAUUACGAGAAAAUAUUGACGACAAGUUUUCUAAACGACUGCGGUCCAAUCAAAAAUUCGAUUAAUUCAGCAUUGGAGGUGGACAAACAUUUGACAAUUGAUAAUGCAAUUAGUAAAUGUGUUCAAGAUUUGUGGGAGUCUGAAUUGAACUCAUGGAAUGAGAAAUGUCGAUUGGAAAACGAAGAGAAAAGUCAACGAGUUGUUGCUGACUGUGAUAAAAUUGGGAAAAAUAAAAAGAAAAUUUAUGAUUUGCUGCGGGAAGGUUUGGCAUUGAUGAAAAAAAAUCCCAAAUUUGUUCUUGCUUCAUUUCCUGAUGUUCAUCGUUUGCCGAUUUUACGAGAGUGGAUACUUCAACGAUUUGGAAUUCGUUAUGAUGAUAAGGAAAAUGAAAUGAGAUGGAUUAAGAAUAAAGAUCAAAGGGGAAAGUUGGAACUUUCUGGUCUCGUGCCUAAAGUUGAUGUUCCCAGUUACAAAUUUUUCGGUAUUAAACAUUCAUCAGUUCCACUCAGUCUUGCUAUCGAAAAGAAGAAAAAGCGUGACGAAUGGAUCGAAUACAACAACAGAAAACUUGCCCAAAAUUCAAUUGAAAGAAAUCGACUUUAUUGGACAACUUUGGAACCUUUCAUGUGCAACACUGAAGCAAUGCGAAGAAUAUUUUAUGCUUAUGCAGCUUCAAAUGAACAUGAGUUUCAGAAAAUUGUGAUGAACAAAGAAUUCAUUUGAACCAAGAAAAGAAAAGAAUUAAAUUUUUCGUCUCUUUAUUUGAGAAUUUGCAAAC